AAAAUAAAAUUUAAAAGCAAUUGCGAAAAGGAAAAACAAUCUAAUAAACAUACAAAUAAUAUAUCGAAUAUAAAUAAUUCUUUGAUAAAGACAAAAUACUUUAAUAAUAAGAUAAAUAAAAAUUUUUAAAGACAAUCUUUUAGUUUGUUAAUAGAUAAAAUAGAUUCGAAAUAGAGAAAAUAAAUAACAGAAUUAGACUAACCUCUUUUUGCACUCAAAAUGAAUUAAUUAGCAUGUAAUACAUAAAAUGUGAAUGGGUAAUAAUACAUGGGCAACAACAAUUAAUUUGUAUUUGAGAAUUAAAUAAAAUAAGCACUCAGCAAUUUUGAUUAGCAAUUUGAGUAAAAUUAAAAAAGACUUAAUGAGUUUAUACAAGAAUAAAAGGAGAUCAUGAGAUAAUAAUUUGAAUAAUUUUUGAGAGAUGAACCCUAAAAUGUGCUGUAAUUUAUCAGAGGUUAGAUUGAACCCAUAUAGAAGCUAUUUGAUUGUAUUAAUGAUAGCAUAAAACAAUAAUACAGCUAAAAUGAAACUUAGGUUAAUAUCGAUUUUACUUCUUAUUUGGAUAAAUUUGGCAUUCCAGAUUUCAUGAGAGAGCAACUAAAAAAGUUCAAUUUUAAUUUAGAUGAAUUUGAAAAUGCGGAGUCUUAGGAUUUGAUAGAAGAGGACAGAGAGAAAUCACUAAUUAUUGGACAGAAAGAUAAUAAAAACUAAUACAGUGGUAGAGCUCUUAUCAUUUACAAAAGUGAUCCAGCAGCGAUUUAUUUAGGAUAUAUGAAAGAUAACAAACGUCAUGGAAGAGGUAUUCUUGUCUUGAAUGGAUUUUAGUACUACUUAGGAGAAUUCUACAAUAACAAAGAAUGGGGUUAUGGAGAAAUACAAUUAAUUAACAAAGAAAACAAGAAUGAGAAGUAUGUUGGUUACUUCUCUGAAGGCAAGAGAUGUGGUUCAGGUUAGUAAGUGAAUUUGGACACUAAUACUAAAGAAGAAUCAACUUAUGUAUCAGUUAAUUAUUUUAAUGAGAGUCUCCAUGGACCUAGAGUUCAAAGUUUUGGAUAAAGUUAAUAAUACAAAUUCUAGCUCUUCUAGUAUGAAAAGAAUUACUUCUCCUUUAAAGAUCAAUGGAGUGAUAAGGCUCCUUUAUAAAAUAUUUUUGUAUCUACCAAAGGCAAAACAGAAGGCUAGGCUCUGAAUUUGUCUCCUGAGCUUUCUAUUGACCACUCAUUCAAAGAAGAUCAAUAGAUUAAUUAAGAACAACCAAAUCCUUAUGAGAUUCCUUCUAUUAACUAGAACAACUUUCCCUAAAAUUAAUAAUUUGGAUAACAAAAUUUCUAAAAUAACCCAUAUUUUAUGGCUCCACCUUAAAAUUACAUGCAAAAUCCAUAAAAUUUCAUGCCACCAUAACAAGGUAUUCCUUUUCCACCACAAUACCCAUAUUAAAACCCAUAACAAUAGUUUCCACUUAAUCCAAAUGCUUAAUUUUAAUAAUAAUAAGUUUAUAAGAGCGUAAUUAAACAAGUUAUUUUUGAUAACAUUAAUAAAUAAUGA